CAGGUGGAACUUUCUAGUUUAUUUCCUUUAAACCAAAGGAACUUCAUGUGUUCUGGUCCUAUUAAAGGUUCUCAUUCUGAUUGACGUUUUAAAUAAAAGAAGGGAACAAAUCUGACGGCCAGCGCGCGCACUUUGUCACCAACGGAGCGCGUGUCCGCGGGGAGCGACGGGGGGAGGCCAGAUGGAGGGAACAGCGGAUGACAGCUUGUCUCUCAGACACUCUCUGCGCUUCAGCUCCACUUUUGACGUCAGGAAUAAUCAGGCGGCUUCAUCCGGGUCUCCGCCGCUCCGUUUAGUCCCGUUCAGACCCGAACAGAGGAGGAGCAGCGAGGACGUGAAGCGGAGCGGCGGCUGGAGCAGCACGGCCCGGUCCAGAGCGCAAUACCGGCCCGGUCCAGAGCGCGGCUCCGUCUCCAUCUGCUGCACUUGGGCUCCUGUGGACGCGUCGGGAGGAUGUUCGCGCUGCGGCUCAACAAGUCUCCCUCCUUCUGUCGGUAACUGGAUGGCUGCGGAAUGGAGAUAGCCUUGGUGAGCUUUGAGAACGGCGGCGCCAAAGGGAGCGGCGGCAGCAAUGCGGAGGAGAGCUGCCGGAACGCGCUGGAUGUGCCUCAGUCGGGCUUUGUUCAGAGCGGACUCGGAGAGGACUUCGGGAAGGAGCUGAACACCCGAGGAAGCUCCGGUCCUCCUCCUCCUCCUCCUCCUCCUCAGCAGAGCUCCUGGAAGAUCAACGACAUGAACAACACUUUCAGCUGCAGCGAGAACGCCAUGGAUGCGCUUUUACGCGCGGACCACAGUCCCCAUCUGUUCGACGAGGACAUGCUGGACAUGGACAUGGACACGGAGAGCAACGAGAGGGUUCUCAUCAACAUCGCCGGGCUGCGUUACGAGACCCAGCUGGGAACCCUGAACCAGUUCCCGGACACGCUGCUCGGAGAUCCCGCCAAGAGGAUCAAAUACUUCGACCCGCUCCGGAACGAGUACUUCUUUGACCGCAACAGGCCGAGCUUCGACGGGAUCCUGUACUUCUACCAGUCCGGGGGGAAGAUCCGGAGACCCGUCAACGUGUCCAUCGACGUGUUUGCGGAUGAGAUCCGGUUCUACCAGCUGGGGGAGGAGGCCAUGGAGCGGUUCCGCGAGGACGAGGGUUUCAUCAAGGAGGAGGAGAAGCCGCUGCCGCAGAACGAGUUCCAGAAGCAGGUCUGGCUCAUCUUCGAGUACCCGGAGAGCUCCAGCCCCGCGCGGGGCAUCGCCAUCGUGUCCGUGAUCGUCAUCACCAUCUCCAUCAUCACCUUCUGCUUGGAGACGCUGCCAGAGUUCCGGGACGAGCGGGAGCUGCCGGUGACCAGCCGGCUGGACAACAGCACCGCGCCGCGACCCUCCCUCACCUUCACGGACCCCUUCUUCAUCAUCGAGACCACGUGCGUCAUCUGGUUCACCUUCGAGCUGUUCGUGCGCUUCUUCGCGUGUCCGAGCAAGUCCGAGUUCUCCAAAACUAUCAUGAACAUCAUCGACAUCAUGUCCAUCAUGCCUUACUUCAUCACGGUGGGCACCGAGCUGGCGGAGCAGCAGGGCCAGGAGCACCAGAACGGCCAGCAGGCCAUGAGUCUGGCCAUCCUGAGGGUCAUCCGCCUGGUCCGGGUCUUCCGGAUCUUCAAGCUGUCCCGCCACUCCAAGGGUCUCCAGAUCCUGGGUCAGACUCUGAAGGCCAGCAUGAGGGAGCUGGGGCUGCUCAUCUUCUUCCUCUUCAUCGGAGUCAUCCUCUUCUCCAGCGCCGUCUACUUCGCCGAGGCGGACGAACCGGAGUCUCACUUCUCCAGCAUCCCGGACGCCUUCUGGUGGGCCGUGGUCACCAUGACGACGGUGGGCUACGGGGACAUGAGGCCGGUGACGGUCGGAGGGAAGAUCGUGGGUUCGCUGUGCGCCAUCGCCGGCGUGUUGACCAUCGCGCUGCCGGUUCCGGUCAUCGUGUCCAACUUCAACUACUUCUACCACCGGGAGACGGACCAGGACCAGUCCUCCCUGAAGGACGAACCCAACAGCGGCAGAACCAGCCCCGAACUGAAGCGCAAAGGCAGCAAAUCCUCCGCCAAGUCCCAGGACGCGGAGAACAACGAGGCGGGCGCAGCGGUGGAGAAGAACAUGAAGGCGAACAGCAGCCUGGACCUGAAGAGGUCUCUGUACGCCUUCUGCCUGGACACCCGGGAGACCGACCUGUAGAAUCAGAACCAGGACGUCCGGCCCGCAGAGAGCAGAACUAAGGAGAGUUUUUCUAAAAAGCACAUUUAAUCCGCUGGUCUGAUGCACCCAGCGGCCCUUUAACUACCAGAACACCUCCAGAGCUGAUGAGCAGAGCCCGCAGGACAUGAAGGAUUAGCAGUCUGUACAGAAAGCUGGGACAGCCCAUAAUAAGCAGAGCCAGACAGAAGCCUUUUUGCUCUUUGUGUAAAUAUUCCAGCUGCUGGAUUCUGGAGGAAAAAAGUCUAUUUUUGACACCGCUCGGGUGUGAAGCUUCUUCUCAGAGGACCUCAGCCUUGUUCUGCUCGUUUUAAACCACAGAACAUUUUUUUAAUUAAAGGACAGAACAUGGAAGUAUGCAGAACCAGGAGAACAUCUGGAGAGACCAGCAGCACUGGAACCAGUGAUUAGAGCCGUCAAACACACCGAGGCUCAGCUGGAGACGAUGACCGAGGCUUCUGGCAGCUCCUCCUCGAUGCAUGGAGAGACUUGAAGUCCUCCGACCAUCCAGGAAGACCAUCCAACGCAGGAUUCCCUCCACCAGGAAUUACACAAACACAUGGAAACUGCUGCUGUGUUUGGAAAACCAGGCAUCUACGCCCCACUUUUUUGGAACUCUGUGCCUUCAACCAAAACCCGCCGGUGAAACUUCUGAAGCUUUUUCUUCUUCUCCUUGACUCAGUGGAGAUACCUGCCUGAUGGAGGAGGACCUGGAUGGUGCUGCUGUCUCUCUGGAGAAAAAAAAAACAAAACAAUCAACAUUUCAAUCAAUCUAAAGUCCCAACGUAUUCUUUUUUUUCUACAAAUUGUGUCAGUGAUUUCCUUCUGAUCGGAAGAAAUCCCUUGCUGUGCAAUAUCAGUGGAUAUUUCUGUGAAGUUGUCAUGUGGACGCAAACGUUUCGGUUUAUUUUUGUAACGAUGUUUUCCUGAUAUCUAUUUUUCUAAAGUGGCGUAUGACAGAUGAGGAGAAAAGAAAAAAAGAACUCAUUUUGAGGGAGAAUGGAGGUAAAGUUGUUGGUAAAGUUUAGUUUUCCUCAGAAACAGCCCUUCCUGCUCUGACCAGGGCCAAAGCCAUAGCCUAUCUCAGAUAUCAUCGAUGCACUGGAGCUCCAAACAAACAGCGAGAUGCAUUCAGGGUCCCUCAGUCCGUGGACGCCACCACAGACUCCUCGUCUCAGCUGUUGGGUUUAUCGAGCAACGCUUGCUGUUUCUUCAGGGGCUUGAAUCUGAAGUAUUUAGUAUUCUCUACCUUCGUGUGGCCUGUUCUUCUUCUCGCUGUUAUUUUGUACUUCCUCCUACAUAUCAACCAAGCAACUAGAAGUGGCAUGAUUCUGUGUGUGUGACUGAGAAAAAUGAGUGUUUUUUUGCUAGAAUGGGAUGGAAAGUUACUGUAAAUUCUCAAAUAAAUGACAAAGUGAAGGAAGGGAAAACUGCUAAAAUAAAAAGAUGUUAAUCUUAAAAACAGCAACUGAUCAGUUAGCAGGAACCACGGAACACUUUAGGAUGGUGUUCUUCAUCUUUAGCCCUCGUGUCGUCCUGCAGGUCAAAUCCUUUUAAUGUUUGAAAAUGUGGAAAAAAAAAUAUUUUCACAGUAAAGCUUCUGAUGUCCACAUUUUCAACAUUUUUGGGAAAUUUUGGAACAUUUUUUGGUGGAAAAAAAAUGUUUAAAAUGUUUCUUAAGAACAUUCACAUAAAAAUCAACCAAAAUCCAGCACUGGAUUUUGGUUGAUUUUUAUGUGAAUGUUCUUAAAGAAAAUAUUAGAAGUUUUACUGAUAUGUAUGGAAUCACUUCAGAUAUUUUUAGGAUUUUUUUGGGAAAAUUUUUACUAAUUUUUUGAAAAUAUUUACAAGAAUUUUCUUGCUAAAUUUGGAUGAUUUAGCAAGAAAAUUCUACUUUAAAGUAAAACUUUGAAUAUUUUCUUUAAGAACUUUUUUAACAUUUCUUUUUUUCCACCCAAAAAUGUUGAAAAUGUGGGUUAGGGUUACACUGUGUGGUUUCACUGUGAAAAUAUAUUUUUUUCCCACAUUUUCAAAUUUUAAAAUGAGUCAUUUGACUAAACUGAUUCGAAAUUUGUUCAAAUGGACUCAAAACUUGUUUAAAAUGACUCGAAACUUGACCAGAAUGACCUGAAAUUUGACCAAAAUGACUCGAAACUUGAACAAAAUGACUUAAAACUGGUCCAAAAUGACUCGAAACUUGUUCAAACUUGAACUUGUUCAUUUUGACCCACAGAACGACACGAGGGUUAAUCUGGUACCUCGGAAUGAUAGAUGGUUGUGUUUCAGUUUCUCAUUUUGACUUGGUGAGGCGCAUUACAAACAUAUUAAUUUCAGCAAUAGGAGGAUUUUUUUUUCUGCCAUCUUUGCCCUUCAUUUUUACUGCUCAUGAAAAGGUUUUACAGACAUUUGACAUGUCAACAUUACAACUUUAAAUCCUUUCCUGGUUAAAUAAAGGUGUUUUUUCAUCAAAAAUUGCUCACAUUUUAAACUGAACAUAUUUUCAUGAGUACAUUAUGCUGUACGCUCCUGGUGAAACAGACAGUUUUGUGUGAAAAACUGAAGGAGUUUUAAUGAAAAACAAAUGAGCAAAACCACGAGUUAAAGAUGAACAAAGACGGAGGCCUCUUCAGAUGUUCUGUUCAAGGAUCGUCACUGUCUGAGAAUUUACAGUAACUCCUGUUUAUUGUUUGGAUCGUGUUUUCUGCAGUUGUGAAUUAUGUUUUCCGUGUUUCCUAGAAGCUGCUAUCCCUGUACUGUGUAGACUGGAGUCGUCCAGCCUUAUCCCAGCUCUAACAUUGUCCUCUCACUCUCCAUAUACCUCACAAACAUCUCAUAGUUCCUCACCAUCAGCUCACUUCAGGUGGUCCAGUUUGUGUCUCUCAGGGAACCAGUAAAGCAGAUCCAUCCACUCAGAAUGACUUUAACCUGUUUGAUCCUUCAGUGAAAGCAGAACAGGAUGUGGCCAAAAGUAUGUGGACACCAAAACUAACUCAUGUAUUGCAAAAGCUCAACAUCUUACCAAGUAUAUUUGUCCUAUUUUUAGUCAAAAUGUCUCAUCCCGCUUGAUAAAGAUAAAUUCACUUAACAAGAGACAUUUCAGCAGAUAGAGGGACUUGUUUUAAGACAAUGCAUCUUAAAUAUCUUGUUAAGUCAAACAAUCUUGAAAUUGUCUUGUUUUGAGUUGAAUUUUACAAGAAAACUCAAAAUAAGUUUAACCUUCGUGUUGUCCUGCGGGUCACAAUUGACCAGUUUUAAAGUUUGAAAAUGUGGGAAAAAAUAUAUAUUUUCACAGUGAAACUUCUGAUGUCCACAUUUUCAACAUUUUUUGGGAAACUUUGAACAUUUUUUGGUGGGAAAAAAGAAAUGUUAAAAAUGUUUCUUAAGAACAUUCACAAAAAAAUCAGCCAAAAUCCAGCAAAAUAUUACAAGUUUUACUGAUAUAUAUGUAAUCAUUUUAGAUAUUUUUAGGAUUUUUUGUAAGAUUUUUAAUCAUUUUUUGAAAAAUAUUUACAAGAAUUUUCUUGCCAAAUUUGGGGGAUUUUUUUUCAACUUUUAAGGAAUCACUGGAAUUUUCUUCCUAAAGGUUUUGCAAAUUUUCAGAAACUUGGGGAAUUUUUUGCUGAAUUUUUGGAUUUUUUUCAGACAAGGAAACAAUAUUUUUGGUGCCUGUAAAUGAAGACAGCAGGAGGGUAAAUGUGGUGGAAAAGAACAAGUUCAUAAGAAUCCCAGACUAACCCUCACUGAAGCGUCUCGGUAAGACUUUUGGCCGAUCCUGUUUAUCUGCUCUAAAAAAAAAGAUUUGAAAUAUUUUAACAACAUUUUUUUUUGUUGAGGUGACAGCAAGAGAAAGGAAGGCGUCCUUUUGACUCUGCUUUACUGAACACCCGAUCAGUUUUAAUGGACCAAAAACCCUGAAGUAUCAGAGUUUGUCUCCUUUGAAUGAACAAACUCACAGCGAUUAUCCUAAUAGAAACCCCUCAGAGGCACGAACUGGAACUCUGUGCCAGAAAAUUCUGCAUCGUUUUGGACAUUUCCAGUAUUUCUUUAGUUUGCAGAGUGUUCCUUUUACUGCAUGGUUCUGACUGAAUACAGCCCGACUCUCAGUGAACCCAGGGAUGUUGUGUUCUGUCUGCAGUAGUGGAUUAGUUUCUCCUGUGUGGAGUCCGUAGACUUCGCUGCCUGUAAGUGUGAAUCUUCCGUGAAACUGCCUCCUUUACCGACUCCGUUCCUUAAACAAAGCUGCCAAACUGGUCUGAAUAAGCCAAAAGUUUUUCUGUGUUUAGGUGGUUUAAGUGUUUUACAUGUUAAACCUCAUCCCGUUAAUGUUACAUUGUGUUUUUAACAAGAAGAAUCCUGUUUGUUAAACUGUUGAUAAUAUAUGCAGAAGACUUAUGAAAUAAACUGAAACUAACUCA